UGCUUACAUUCUUGCCGAGUCUCAUGAAGCCUCAAGAGACUUUCUUGCGCAUGCGUAAUCAAAAGAGUAGUGGCAGACGUUGACUUCAAGGGAGAGUAAUCGAACUAGAUCUAAGGCUAAUCUAGAAGUAAAGAGACUGCGUAGACAAAAUCUCGGAUGUAGAAUAAAAAUAAAAACUCAUUAGUGCCUGGAGCAGAAAUCUAGAACUUUCUGAGGACUUAGUUUAUGAUGCCGUCUUAAUUGGUUUUACGCGUAGAAAAGUUCAUUAGUCAGCAGAGUCCAUCCUGGUCAGAAGAAACUCGUUGCACAAAUAAGACGUUCGGCAUGAGGCCGCCAUCUUCUAGUAGACUGGAUCUCACUGGCUAUGGUGUGUAGAGCAUGGUGGCUCAAGGCUACACCCCAAGUGGACUCUUCUUCUCGCUCACCCUCCUUCACUUGUCACUUUCUCCAGUGGUCACUUCUGGCGAUGGCCGAACGUCAGCGCCGAAACGUUACGGUACUUACUUGGACGCCCUGCCGCCCCAUGGAUCGGGCGAACAUCAAGACUUCAUAUCGCGAGUGAUUCAAUGGCACAGCGCUUACUGCGGGCAGGACCGCCUCUGCAAGGACCAAGUGCCUACCCAGUGCUAUCGUUGCGCCCCAUGCGCCUGCGACCACCACUGUUUCACCCACAACGACUGCUGCCCGGAUAGAGCAUUAGAGCCUCGAGACGAAGACCUGACUCGGCCAUUCACCGGAUUCGACAUGAACGUUCUGUCCUGUGAAAGCGCCCGAUUUCACAUUCCGGAAUGGGGUGAACGUAAAUCCAAAGUGGCCAAAAUUCCAGGAGACAGCACUCGCAUCCUGGUUGGCCACUACGCUCAGAAUAGUCUAGAAAGUUAUUAUAUGGUCUCUCGCUGUCCACACAGUUUCACACAGGACAGAGACAAGUGUGAACCAGGAGACAUCGCGCCUGUCACGUCACUGGAAAGUAGUUCCGAAGUGGUGUUUAAAAAUGUCCAUUGCGCUCGUUGCCACGGUGUUCUUGACUCCAUUCCAUGGGAUAUUAAAUUUACUUGUGAGAAAGCGAAGAAAUUGACAUCAUUCCAGACAGCCAUCGACUUGGCUAAGAUGUUUGUCUUAUCAGACGAUUGCGAAUCGGUUUUUAUUCCUCCGCCACAAAAGCAAGCCCGGAAGUGUUACGUUUCGAAGGAUAUGAUAACGAAAUGCAACGUGACUGGCAAGUGGCGGAGGCGGGAUUCCUUCUACGAGCGAGCCUGCAACAGCUACGUCACCCCAAAACUUAUUGAUGGUCUGUUGUAUAAAAACGUUUUCUGCUACAAGUGCAACUACGACGAGAGUCCACACAACGAGCACAAGUUACUGAGCUCUUGUCAAAUCAAUCCGCUGACAGGAAAUACGUCAAUGGAUUUUACGCUGCGUCAGUCUGACGUCAACAGCAGCCCAUCAAGGUCACCUUUCCCCGUAGACCAGACUUAUAAAAUGUGCGGGAAAUUCGGUGUGUACGAUAACUCAGAGGAAGUGUGUCGGGAGAUCGUCUGCGAGCAGGGGCAACAUCCGGUCUCUGGCUUUUGUCUUCCCAUAUUUUUGACCGCCACUGGUCUAGGCUUUGAGCUGUACUUUGGCUUACGUCCCCUUCAAAUAAUCGAUCUAGCCGGUAAGGAUGACCUGCGGCACUAUCUACCUGCAGAGAUGGAAGUUUACCUGGGCCAGACGCUACUGCAAAAUAGUUUCCAGAUACAGUAUUUCGCCAUGUCGUUUAACACCACAGACUCGGAAGGGAGGUGUGGUCAGUUGUCCACAGACUUAGGUGUUUACGCUAGAGUGGUUAGUAAAUCUUCCAUUGACCAAAAGAAAGUCCAAGAGGAGCUUCUUCGUCUGCGUUUCGCUAACUUCACACUGAGUCAUGGAACUUGGAACUUGACCUAUCAGGCUUUCCCCAGUGAAACCCCAAGAUUUAUCAUGCACCCGGAUAGACAUCUGCUACCACUGACGUCAUCUGCUUGCGUCAUUGUCGUAUCAAAUGAUCUUCUGCGGCAAAAGAAAGAAGGCAUCCUUCGAGUUGGUACUACAACACCAGAUCCAUCUCGCUCACUAGACAGCAUGUCGUCUGCAAACAUUAUCCGAAUCUCCAACCUCUUAGAAUGUCCACACGUACGACUUUUCCCGCACGAGUACACGGUACCAGGACCAGGCGGCAGCAUUGGCCUUCACUGGGGUGAUCCCGACUCAGUAGUUUACCGGUCCAGGUAUAAGAUGGACUUGGACGGCAAUGUCAGCAUUUGCCUGGAAGAUUUCCUUCUCAAACUAAACAGAGACACGAGCAAACGGAGCGGCGCUGAAAAUAUCGUAGUGGCUGUUCUCUUGCCUAUCUCUCUCUUCUCUCUGCUUGCCUGCUUCACUGUGUUUGUUGCCUUCGCCGAGCUGCGAUCUCUUUCCGGUAAAAACAAUAUGCUUCUUACCGCCAGCCUCUUUUGCUCACAGGGGGCGCUGCUGUUGGGUUACGUUGUUGAAGAUCUUAGUGUUUCCUGUGUGGCUUUCGGUAUCUUAACCCACUAUUUCUGUUUAUGUCUGCUGUGCGCCCUCAUCGUCUGCUCUUACAAUGUGUACGCCACUUUCGCCACAAUGCAUCUGUCUGUUAAUUUAAAUAAGGAAUGGCGGAGUCUUUUACUGUAUUGCUGCUUCAUAUUCAUUCUCCCCAUUCCCGUCGUGGUCGUUGUCAUUAUAACUCAUUUAGUCACGCAUCUUCCAGCCAUUGUUGUUGGAUACGGCGGCGGAGCCAUAUGUAUCGUGUCGAAAGCCACCGCCAUCUGGGUGUCGCUGUUCGUACCAAUUGGUGUGUGCCUCGUCAUUACGUCCAUCCUGUUCGUCUUGACCUGCACAAGCUUACGUCACAACAAAGACAUAGAAACCAACGCAUUGGAAGAACGUCAUGUCCAGUUUUAUUUUCGGGCAUCGCUAAUGACCUCACUCUCCUGGAUUGUUGGCUUCGUGGGUAUCCUGACAUCUUUUCCUUCCAUCAGAAUAGCAUUCAUCGUCCUACAAUGCAUCCUGGGAAUUUACGUUUUCGUCACGCUCGUGUUGACAGAAAGAGUUACGAGACUUUUAACCGGAUGCUGCUGUGGUAGCAGACGACCUCCCAGGGGAAGAACUUCUCUUAAUUUAAAAAUGGCUUCUCGAUCCGACUGCCCUGCCAGGAAUCCGUGUAUCGUGGCCACGGGAUUUAGAAAAACUGGGUCAGUUGUGGCAGACGGUGUCAUGGCGGAUAACCUUUCACAAAGAACAUCAGAGGGCAAUAUUGUAGAUCUACUUCCACCAAAUAAACUUCUUUCUGACAUCAGUGACACAUUCGAAACCGUGACUUGAGAUGUACAUCCAUACACAAAACCACUAUGCUAGGCAUGAUUCUAUAUUUUAUACUGCUGCGUGUGCGCGUGUGUGUGCUGCUUGUCUAGACGUGCUUGAACUUUUCUAUGUAACUAAAUACACGUAUUUAUUUCAAUAACACAAGAGUCAGUUGGCGAUAUUAGUUUGAAUGUGAUCUAUUCUCAGUAUAGAUGUAUUGCUUGUUAUUUGAAAAAAAAAUGGAUCAAUACUUAUUUAAUAAAAAAAAAAGCGAUAAAAGAGUGUGUCUGUAUAAAAAGGGAAAAUCGCUAAAUGUCACAAAUCUGUUGUCCUAGCCCUAGCAAACUGCGGCUCUCGAGACUCAUCGCUAAAUGUCACAAAUCUGUUGUCCUAGCCCUAGCAAACUGCGGCUCUCGAGACUCAUCGCUAAAUGUCACAAAUCUGUUGUCCUAGCCCUAGCAAACUGCGGCUCUCGAGACUCAUCGCUAAAUGUCACAAAUCUGUUGUCCUAGCCCUAGCAAACUGCGGCUCUCGAGACUCAUCGCUAAAUGUCACAAAUCUGUUGUCCUAGCCUUAGCAAACUGCGGCUCUCGAGACUCAUCGCUAAAUGUCACAAAUCUGUUGUCCUAGCCCUAGCAAACUGCGGCUCUCGAGACUCAUGCGGCUCUUUAAAUCGAAUCCGGCUCUUCAACAAAAUGUUAAGUGCAUGAAAAACUUGCCUUGUAAAAGAAGAGUCCACUUUUUUUCAAACGAUUAGCCUACAUAAAGGAUGCACAUUAUUAAAAAGCAACAAAGGCAUUGAUGGUGGCUCUAAAACAGGUGUAGUGUAUCAUUAUCUCCCUGUAAUAGCUGCGCGGCGCUAACAAAAGCAGCAUAUGUUAAAUAGGUAUAUGUUUUUUUAGUUAUUGUUUUACCAUUAUUUGGUAGGCUGGGUGACAGGUGCGAUGGCUGCGCAAUUAUUGCGUGAGCUAUUGUCUGCAUUAAAAGCCCUGUAGAGGAAUCUUCUCAGAUAUUACUACCAAAAUGAUAAACAAGCGUGAAGUAGAUAAGCAAAUGUUACAAAUGAAAGCUUAGAAAUACAUCAAAUUCCAUUAAAAGAAAGACCUCUUCAUUUCAACAGAUAAAGAGAAAAAUUCUGAUAUUUACAAGAAUUGGGUUAUUAAUUAGAUACGUAGGCCUAUUAUUAUAUUUUUCAUAUUGAAUCACUUCGCGCUACAACAUUUCCUCAUGAAAUUUUCAAAUUCAUGCAAUUGUGGUUUAACGGUAAUGCGCCAGUUUAUAGUCUUUGUAAUUGAGUAGAAGAAUGAGUAUGUAGGUCUCACGCUGCUUUGGUUCUGUGCUUACCUAAAGGGAAUGUUUACAAAUAGUUCGCUUCAGUUAACCGAAAAUCAUUUCUUCUUGAGUAGAGUGUUGACUAUCAGAGAUAAUGAACGGUCUAUGGAUCCAAACAUUGUAUAUGUCAGAUGUUACAUCUAUCUAAACAUGUUACAUCUAUCUAAACAUGUUACAUCUAUCUAAACAUGUUACAUCUAUCUAAACAUGUUACAUCUAUCUAAACAUAUUACAUCUAUCUAAACAUGUUACAUCUAUCUAAACAUGUUACAUCUAUCUAAACAUGUUACAUCUAUCUAAACAUAUUACAUCUAUCUAAACAUAAUCGUAACCUACAAGGAAAAGGAAAAUUGUUUUUUCAAUGUUAGAUGAAGAAGUAAUUUCAUUCGAAUAUAAAUGUAUAUUUUUACCGAGUAUUUCGAAGAGAAACUCUAAUUCUCUUUCCUACUUAUGGAAAUAGUCUUGAAAAAAACAUAUAAACUUUUCUCAGCUCUUUCUGAAUACCCACUGUAAUAGUGGCCGUUGUGAAAUACGUUGCUGAAUGAAAUGAAUAAAUAAUUGUGGACUUUAAAUUCCGACUUUGUUCCGAUUUAGAGAUAUUGGAGAAAAUUAAUAAAUUAAAUCUACAGCAAAAUUGGUUUGAAAGAUCUGUAGAUGGAAGAUAUGUUAGUUUUCAAUCAAUGAAAUAGUGUUACUGACUUGUAUGCUCAUCUAAAAACACGAAUAUUUUUAAAUACGAGUUGAUCAAGAGUAAAUUGAUACAAUUGGAUUCUAUAUGAGACUUUGGAAUAGCGCCUUGAAUUACCUAAAACAAAGAAACUCAAGUUCCUCUUACUUUCCAAGAAAACGCAAGGCCAUUGUUCAAAUUAGUAGAGUAUUUGUAGUUCUUUUUUUAAUGACACCUUUUAUAUAAUUUAGCGUGUUUUUUUUUUUAAAUAAAUAUAUUAUCUUUAUAUAAGUAUGAUAUCAAUUUGUAUUUAAUAUACCUUUAAUUAAA